AUGGUCCCGCCGCCGCUGCCCCGCGGCCGCCCGGGCCCAGGGCCGCCCGCGCCCGGCAGGUCCCCGCGCCCGGCCCGGCCUCGCGCUGCGCCGCCCGCGCGCCGCCGGGAGCAUCGCCCUCCGCGCGCCCGGCCGCCGCCGCCCCAUUGGCCGCCGCCCGGCCGCAUGCAAAUGUCGCGGCAACGCCGCCCGCCCAUUGGCCGCUCGCCGGGCUAUGCAAAUGAAGCGCUGGGAGACGCCCACGCUGCGCUGUCGCAUGGAGACAGCGGCGGGAGCCGGGCGGGGGCUGCGCUGGCACGGAGAGGGCACGGCGGCGAGGGGAGCACCCACAGGGCACCCACAGGGCACCCACAGGGCACCCCUCCUGCGGGGAGCACCGCCCGGGCACCCACAGGGCAGCCACAGAGCACCCCUCCUCCGGGGAGCACCGCCCGGGCAUCCACAGAUCACCCCUCCUGCGGGGAGCACCGCCCGGGCACCCACAGGGCAGCCACAGAGCACCCCUGCUGCGGGGAGCACCGCCCGGGCACCCACAGGGCAGCCACAGAGCACCCCUGCUGCGGGGAGCACCGCCCGGGCACCCACAGGGCACCCACAGGGCACCCCUCCUCCGGGGAGCACCGCCCGGGCACCCACAGGGCACCUGCCCGUGGGGAGCACCGCCCGGGCACCAAAAGGCCACAAAGGCCACCUCUUGGCUUCUUGGGGCAGCCAAGGACUGCGCUCCUCACGGGGUGGGAGCAGUGGCCUCCUCCAAGGCCGGAGCGCUGCCUCUAUGUGCGGCGUGGCUCCCCAAGCCUGGCGGGGCUCCCCGGGCCCGGCUCCUGCCCCUCAGCCGCCACCGCGGGCGGCACCGAGGGACGGCGCGGACCCGGGGGCUGCAAAGCGCGCCCAGGUGCGGCGGGGCGGAGCGGGGUCAGCCGGCAGGUGACAGCCACCUGCGACAGCCCACCUGUGACAGCCCCACGUGUGACCUGCCCCCGGCCCGGGCGGCGAGCGUUAAAUAGCGAAGGGGCAGAGCCGCCCGGCCCGCAGCAGAGGGAGCGCCGCUGUCGGUUCGGGUCGCCUCAGGGCUGGCCCCAGCGCCGCGCGCCUUGUGGUGCCGUCAGCCAUGGAACCUGUGAGUACCUCCCCGGCGGGGGGCUUCGGGACCGCGGCGUUAUGCCGUGUUGGGAUGAGGGGCAGCCCCGCUGGAGCCUCAGGGCCGGGCCGGCGGCCGGAACGGCGCCUUGCGGGAGGCCGGCCGCUCCCGAGCUCCUGAGGGGGCCGUGCGGCGGGGCCGGGCCGGGCCGCUCCCCGCCGGCCGCACGUGGCCGCGCCCGACGCCGAGGAGGCUUCGCGGGGCGGCGGGGACCGAGCGGACCCUCACGGGGAGCGGCGGCUGCCCGAGCCCCAGGAAGGACGGGGCGGCUUUUGGCCUUAAGUUUUUGA